GGAGUUUGCCCUAUAAAAAAUGCCAACGAGGGUUAGCCCUUGGGUUGGUCUUAUUUUUUUCCUUCUUUUAUCCAGAUCGCCAAUUCCUCCGCUCAUCCUAAUCCAGCGCUAGUCCUCUUCUUCUUCUCCAUCCAAUCUAGCCAAGAGCCGCACGUGCGCGGGGCCGUGGUGGCUGGACAGCGCAGCACCCCCUAAUCGGCGAUGAACCCAGAGGCCGCCAAGGCUGGCGCCUUGGAGCUCCUCUGCCUCGUCCUGAUCUGGCCGUGCGCCCCAGUCGUCGGCCCCGUGCUCCUGAUUCAGACCGCCUAGCCUUCGCCACCUGCGCCAUGCCCUAGAGGUUCGGCCGAUCCCGCGUCGCUCAUUCUCGCUUCUUCCUCUGCUCGCGGCUCGCGUUGACUGCGGUAGGCCACAUGCCUCGUCCAACCACAUCCUCUCACUGCCUUUCUCCUCCACCACCACUCCUCUCCCUUCUUCCUCCCCUCCCUGCCAGCCAGGGCACUCUCCCUCUCCCGCCUCCGUUCGCCGCAGGUGAGUGCGCGGCUACGGGUGUCUGGCCAGCAGCAACAGUUGCGGCAAUUCCGUGCCCGGAGAAGCCGCGCGCUGGGCGAUGUGGAGGACGACGACCUGCCGCUUCCUCAUUCGGGCGUCCUCCUCUGCGCCGUCGAGAGACGGCCAUGGCCGCCCGAUGCCCGCGCGCCGCCGGCCAAGGAUCCGCCGGCGUCCAGACCCCCUCCACGCCAUCCCCAUCUCGCCAGAGACCUACACCAAGUCCCAUCCAGCGCCCGCAGCUCUGCAGCCCGAGCGCUUCAGCCGCCUCGCACCCGAAGCAGAUAAGAGGAGCUCCCAACCACGAGCUUCUCCAGCCCCGGCAAACCAGCAGGGCGACCCCUCCUCCUUCUCACUUCCCUCCUCCUUCCUUUUUUUCCGCCAGGAUGCAUCACCCCUUGCUUGGCUUCUACGGCGUGGAAGCAGGCGGCAAGCUGUGGCCCGUGCCAGGCGGUGGAGAAGGCAAAUGGAUAAGCGGUGGUGGUGCCCUGGUGGUGAAGCAGUUUAAUUAAGGACCGCACGUAGAAUUGUAACUAAUGCAGGGGUGUUUAUGUAAAAACGAAGCGUUUUCUCACGUACCCACUUAAGAUAGGACUGCGGAUUGAAUUCCCAAAAACGAAGGGGCUUUUCUGCAAAAGUGCAGACGACGUACGACCAGAAGCAAUCGCUGGUUUAUUAGUAGGUAGAGAUUUAUUUUAUUUGGCGUUCGAUCUAUCAA